AUGGAGGGUCUCCCGGAGAGGGAGGCGCCUGCAGCGGCGCUGGCCGCAGUAUUGAAGCACAGUUCGGCUCUGCCUUCCGAGAGCGCCCAGGUCCGGGGCUACGACUUCAACCGCGGUGUGGACUACCGCGCGCUGCUGGAGGCCUUCGGCACCACUGGUUUCCAGGCCACCAACUUCGGGCGCGCGGUACAGCAAGUCAACGCCAUGAUAGAGAAGAAACUGGAGCCACUGUCUCAGGAUGAAGACCAGCAUGCAGACCUGACUCAGAGCCGCCGCCCACUCACCGGCUGCACCAUUUUUCUGGGCUACACAUCCAAUCUCAUCAGUUCAGGCAUUCGUGAGACCAUCCGUUACCUCGUGCAGCACAACAUGGUGGACGUCUUGGUGACCACAGCUGGGGGUGUGGAGGAGGAUCUCAUCAAGUGUCUGGCGCCCACAUACCUGGGCGAGUUCAGCCUCAGGGGGAAGGAGCUACGUGAGAAUGGGAUCAACAGGAUUGGAAAUCUGCUGGUGCCCAAUGACAAUUACUGCAAGUUUGAGGACUGGCUGAUGCCCAUUCUGGACCAGAUGGUGCUGGAGCAGAACACAGAGGGUGUGAAGUGGACGCCUUCUAAGAUGAUCGCUCGGCUUGGCAAAGAGAUAAACAACCCAGAGUCUGUGUAUUACUGGGCUCAGAAGAACCAUAUCCCUGUGUUGAGCCCGGCACUCACAGAUGGCUCGCUGGGUGACAUGAUCUUCUUCCAUUCCUAUAAGAACCCAGGCCUGGUUCUGGACAUCGUUGAGGACCUGAGGCUCAUCAACACACAGGCCAUCUUCGCCAAGCGCUCUGGGAUGAUCAUCCUGGGUGGUGGCAUGGUCAAGCACCACAUUGCCAACGCCAACCUCAUGCGGAAUGGGGCUGACUAUGCGGUCUACAUCAACACAGCCCAGGAGUUUGAUGGCUCUGAUUCAGGCGCCCGGCCCGAUGAGGCUGUCUCUUGGGGCAAGAUCCGGAUGGAUGCACAGCCAGUCAAGGUCUAUGCUGAUGCUUCCCUGGUCUUCCCACUGCUCGUGGCUGAAACCUUUGCCCAGAAGGCCAAUGCCUUUAUGCCCGAAAAGAACGAGGACUGAACACUGGACGGUGCAGCCCCAGGGAGGCCUCACCCCUCCUCUAUUUAUUAGUUUGCAGACCCAGCCAGCCUCUCCCCCACUCCCUGGUCAACAGCAUCUCUAGAAUAAAUGGUCUCAGUGGUCCUUCUCA